AUUCAAACAGCCAAGCCAGUCGGUUUCCGUUUGGCGCGAAAAGCGAUCCUGCCAUCUUGGAAUUUAUUUUUUAAUUUGUCUAUUUUUAAAUCAUCGUGUUUAUAAGCAGUGGUUGCGUGGUGCGUGAGGCUAUAGUGUGUGGGCAGUUUGCUGGGGAACACUGGAGCCAUGUACCGAUCAUUAUUCCCCGUGUUGCUGUGCACGGUAGCAGUCACCUCCGCGCCACAGGAGGGCAAGAAUAACGACAUCACUUACCUGAAGAUCCAACCCGUCACUACAGAACCAAAGUCACCCAACAGAGAGUCUAGAAUCGAGAACCUUCCACUAACCAUAACCGGAAAUGGCAAUGUUAACGUUAAAACUGUACCUGAAGACGAAACGACAGCAAGAACAGACUUUACUGUAAGCAGGAUACACAAUGACCCAGAUGAAGUAAAAAAAGAAAAUGAAUAUGAUGAAAAAUCUAUUGAAGAUGAAGAAAUACCAGCGAGAGAAGUUACAGAAGAAAGAAAACCUGUUGAGAAUCAACGUCGGGCAAGAAGUGAGGAUACUACAACGAGUUAUGAAGUGGACACGGUAGAACCAACAGGAGUGACAGAGAGCGAACUAGUCCAGCCGACAGAAGCAUAUGAAACCAGAACUAAAGCUCCAUCUCCAAGGUUUAUAUCUAAACUAAGUUAUUUCCAGAAGAACAAUGACGUAAGAAGUUCUAUCACGACGAAUCUGCUAGAGAGAGCGGGGAAGAGGAAAUUCAGGUCAAAGUGCAGAUGUGAGAAGAUUUGGAACUGUCCUAAACUGCAGAUAACAGUGCCGCGGUGUCCUGACGAAUAUUUUUUGUGUUGCGGCUAAACAAAAACUGUGUUGUGGAAACUUAAAAAAUUGUCAAUGAAAAGGCCAGUUUUUGUUAAAUUAUCACUGUAUAAUUGUUAUCAUCAUCUCAGACUUACCAAACUUCCAUUCAUACCUAUAUAAGGUCUAAAAACAAGGUUAACUUAUGUACUUAAUGAGAUAUUUUCAUUAUGAUUUUCUAACGAAAAAUACAAAUUAUAUUCAUAUAUUUCUAGAAGUACUUACCGUCAUCAUAAUUAUCAUCCCACCGAACGACAGGACACUGCCCAACUUAGGGAGACUUCAAAAUGGCCAAUGGCCAACUUAGGCAGACUUCAAACUGCCCAAUUUAGGAAAAAGAACAUCUUUGGAAGAAUCCUCACUAGAAAAUAAAUAUCCAAACUAUUUAUAAAUAUAAAUUGUUUUGUGAUUCCAAAAUUAAUUUAGUAAUCUAAGUCACAAAUUAAGUUUAAGUAUU